AUGGCUGCUGCAGCACUCGCCUCGCACUGCGUCCACGCAGAGCCCUUGCCGCGUCAACACAUCUCUUUUCAGGGCCCCUUCGCUGUCGAAGCAGACGGUAUCCAAAACAUCAAUAUUGCGUACAACAGUGACCUCGACGGCGAGCUUGCUAUAGCGUAUGGCGAAUGCAAUGCUGCAAGCAGGCUUCAGGUCGCACAUCACAUCGGAAGUACGCAUGUUGGCGAGCACCCAUCUGCGAAGCGGCACGUUGGCUGGGAGGGCAGCAGACCUACCAAGUUUGUAUGGCGGGCUCCUGCAAGGAUCGAAAGUGGCUGCCUCCAUGCUUUUGUAGGCGAUGAGCUGGUCGGACGGUCAAAACAGUUUCAGGUGAGCAGGAGACAACGAAAGAAGAGAGCGACUUUUGCUGAAAUCUCGGAUCCAAUGGGGCCUUGGUUCGACGGAGUUGAGUACUUGAAGCAGAAGAACUCCAACGAAACGUUCGUUGCAGCUACGAAGGAAAAGAAGUUCGGUAUCCUUGGCGGUGGCAUCUCGGGACUGCUUACUGCUCUGAUCCUUGAAUCGGUGGGAAUUCAUCAUUGGAAGAUCCUAGAGUCAUCAGACCGUCUUGGAGGUCGCAUGCACACCGCAUACUUGAACAAGUCUCGACCCGAAGACUACCAGUAUCACGAGCUUGGGCCCAUGCGUUUUCCCUACAGCAUCCACGAUGCAGAGACUAACGAGACCUUUGCAAUUGAAGACCAAAAGAUGGUCUUUCAGCUUGCCGAUAUUUUGAAUGAGAUGAACAAGAACGAGGAUCCGGCAUUACAGGUCAACUUCAUCGACUGGAUCCAAACAAGUGACAAUGCACCUGUGGCGACAUCGCAACGUCGCAAGGACGGGACCGUCCCUGGACGCAUGGAGACGAGGCUGAACCCAGAGCUCCUCGAUAAUGCGAACCUGACUUAUUCAAAUACCACGGCGGUAUACGAGGCGAUGGCAGCACUUGACGACUUCAAGGCUUUGACUCCAGAGCGCGUGCGCUUCUAUGCCAAGGACGUCUUCCGCGCCCACAAAGAAGCUGUCGAGCAGAGCAUGCUCGACUUUAGCGAAGUCGAAUAUUUGAGGCAUGUGAUGGGUUACGAUGCAAAUAUCACUGACCAAGUCACCUCUACAGCCGUUUCUUGGCCUAUGUGGGAGUUCGAGACCGUCUACUUCAUGGCCAACAAGUGGCUCACCAUCGACAAAGGAAUGAGCCGUCUUCCUGAAGCCUUCCGCCCGCUCGUACAGAACCGCACAAGCUUCAACACGAAGGUGUUUGGCAUCAAGCACCACAAGGAUUCAAACUCUCUGACCGUUUCGUCACGACCAACCGGAAGUAGCCCAUGGACGGCUGAUACCACGACCGAAGACUUCGACUACAUCUUCAACUCCGUGCCAUUCAACCUUCUCCGCUUCUGGGAUUUGCCGCCCUACUCCUCCUUGAUGAAGCGUGCCAUUGAGCGCACGGUAUUCGAUGGCGCCGUUAAGGUCGCCAUGCAAUACAAGGAACGCUUCUGGGAGCACCUCGAGCGCCCCAUCAUUGGAGGCUGCGGACGAGUCGAUGUCUACGGCAUCGGUCAGAUCUGCUACCCGAGCUACAAAAUCAACAGUAGCGGCCCAGGUACCAUGCUCACCUCGUACAUAUCAUCUUCCGACGCCGUGGUCGCCUGUUCGAUGCCCGAAGAGGAGCACAUCGCGUACAUUCAACGUGCUAUGGUCGAGAUCCAUGGUCCCAUUGCCGACGAGAUGUGGACAGGCAACUAUGCGCGACACUGCUGGGAACAGGAUGAGCAUCAUGCGGGAAGCUGGGCAGUGCCGAUUGUACCGCAACAGCAGCUGUACUUACCUGCAUUUUGGCAGACCGAGUUCAACACGGUUUUCAUCGGAGAGCAUACAUCGUAUACGCACUCAUGGGUCUUCAGUGCGCUGGAGAGUGCUGUCAGAGGAAGUGUGCAGAUGCUUCUCGACAUCGGUCUUGUUGAUGAAGCGAAGGAGGUAAAUAGGCGUUGGAUGGCAAGGUGGAUUAAUCUUUGA